AUGAAACGUGAACUGAAAAUGGCAGCUCAAGGAUUCCAUAGCUUCUCCCUCCUUAAGCUGAAAAUGGGGGACCUUGUUUGGAGGGAAAUUGGGGGGACAGUGACUCGUGGAUGCUGGCAUGUGCAAAUGGGAGACAUGGGCGGCAAGUACCAGUUGGAUUCUGUUUUUUUUUCUUUCUUUCUUUUUCUUCUUUCUUUAUUCCCCUUUUUUAGCGCCUUACUAUUUCAUGAGUGUCAUUCUGGUGCCAAAUUCAUUGCUGGCUGGCUGUAGUUAACAUGGGAGGAGAAGAAGAAGAGGCACUGGAGAGACACGUGAUUCAAUCCAGGCUUCAAUCCUUGGUCGUCUCAACACUGUUCAUUUCCUUCAGUGCCCCAAAAGACGCCAUCAAAUUCAAGGCGCCAUCGCUCUCCUGGGUCAUGAUGCUAAUUGGUGCCAAUAAUCGAGAGCCCCUUAUCUGCUGACGACGCAGCAACGAAAAGGUGAAAUCUGUGUUGCCCUUAUCUUAAACAGAAGAAAUAAUUGAAGUUUGAAGUAGCAACAACGAGGGGGAGGCGAUGAAUUGUGGAAAGACAGUAGGGUGACAGACAGUUCAACAUUUUUGGCGACGACGGGGAAUGAAUAUUGGCUGGGCCGGCUUCUCUUAUUUAUUGCGUCAUGGUGGGCUCUUCCGCCGGCUGGAUUUGAUGGAGACGGUAUUCCAAGGUUAGAUCGACUCCACCCUAUGAUUGUCCUGUCUUAUACUUUUUUAGGAUUGUAAAAUCAUACCAUAGGUUGUAUCGGAAGAAAAUAGUUUUGAUGC